AUGUCGAUUUGUUUCCAACAAUUGGCUUUUAACUAUGCCGACGCCGAGCUCUCCAGCGAAAAGGACCCGAAAGCGGCACAAGUUUCAUGGAACGCAAAAGCGAUGACAUGGAACACUACAAGUGUUCAGCGGCUUUUGGGUGUCGGAUCUUACAAUAAAAACGCAACGAGCCGUGGUAGCUUCUCAGUUAUCUCGACAAGAAACUAUCGACACCUCAACGCGACCCAAUAUCUCACAAACAAGCUCAUCAACGAUCUAUACAAUUCUCCUCGCACAAACAACUUUUCAGUUUUCAUGGACCCUCAAGGGAGUGGCGUAUCAGAUGUUAAACCACACGUAGAAUACCAGGCCAUUUUUACGGACAUCCUCAACGCGACUAACCGUCCCGGCGUGGCGAUGCAGUCAACUCUGACAGCAUUGUCAGGGUCGAUCAUCGAGGGAGCCAUGCCGCAGUUCGAUGUCAAGGAAGAUGCGACCCUGAUCUCUUCUGUGCAGGUACUGACACCUCAGAGCUUUCGAGGGCUGCUCAUCGUCUUCGGCGUUGUGGCAUUGAACAUGGCGUGCGGUCUGGUGGUCGUGCUGAUCUUCAUGUUGCAAAGUCAAUUUUCUAGCCAAGGGAAUUACUGGCAAGGUGUUGCUCAGAUUGUGUCCGACGAGACGGCAUGGAUCUUGGAAGGCGCGACUCGCUCGAGUGAUGGACAUGUUGAGGAUGAAUUGAAAGGCUUAGACGACAAUGUUCACAUUAGUCGGUCUGCGCAAAGUGGGAGGGUUCGAGUAGCUCUCACGGAAUCACAGUAG